AUGAGUUUCUUGGGAAGACUGAAUUACAUCAGUCGGUUCAUAGCUCAAUCCAUAGUGAUCUGUGAACCCAUAUUCAAGUUACUGAAGAAGGAUGCUACCACAAAAUGGACCGAGGAAUGCCAAAGGGCUUUCGAUAGAAUCAAAGAAUACUUGUCCAACCCACCAGUAUUGGUCCCACCAGAGCCUGGAAAGCCGUUGUUAUUGUAUCUAUUUGUCAUGGAUAAUGCAUUUGGAUGUGUAUUGGGGCAGCAUGAUGAGACGGGUAGAAGAGAGCAAGCUAUAUACUAUUUGAGCAAGAAGUUCACACCAUACGAGGCAUUGCCUGUCUGCAUACACCACGUAUGUGAUCUCAAGAAUGGAUCCACUAAAAAGGCCAUCAAAGGACAAGCCUUGGCUGAUCACCUCGCAGAAAAUCCGGUGUACCAGGAUUACAAGCCACUCAUGACCUACUUCCCUGAUGAAGAGGUGCAUGGAGAUCUUAUAUGGGUUCCACCGAAUGAGAUCAAUGUGAUGGGUUCCCCUAGGCCAUUUGCUGCUUGGGGCAUGGAUGUUUUUGGACCCAUAGAGCCUCCCGCGUCAAAUAGACAUCGUUUCAUCAUGGUGGCUAUCGAUUAUUUCACAAAAUGGGUCGAAGCUUCGACAUACAAGGCAGUGACUAAGAAGGUAGUGGCAGACUUUGUUCGCAACAACAUAGUUUGUCGAUUUGGAAUUCCAGAAUCAAUCAUAACCGAUAAUGCAGCCAACCUCAACAAUGAUCUUCUUGUCAAAGGUUCAAGAUUUCUCAUCGAAAUUCCACGGUUUACCGUCCACAGAUGA